GAACGGAAGAGAAUCGUGAGGUCUGGGAGCGCCUCUUCUCGAGGGACGCCCGGGAGCUCGCCAAGGAGACGAUGACGCACGUGUGCGGAGAGAGCUGCUACAAGUACUCGGGCAACAAGACCACGAAGAUCUGCCGCCACGGCUUCUACUACAUCGUCACGCUUGCGGAUUGGCGCAGGCGCAGGCGAGGGAAGCCUCUGCGGAACGCCAUGUUCGUGGUGCGAUCCUCGACGCACGGCAUGCAGGGUCGUCUGUUGCACUUCCAGCUCCACCCGUCUGAGUGCAUUACCAACUACGCCGGCGCCGCGGCUGGACGCUUCAACCUGGAUGCGCAGGACCUCCGACGAGUCAGCGACCCCAAAGCGUGGUUGGACGAGGGCGAGGUGCUCCCGCACGUCGGCUCGCAACCCAAGCUGGGGUACAUGGGCACGUACGAGCUGGGCGAUGCCGACGCUUACGUCAACCGCCCGGAGGUUCCGGAGAAGCCGCUCGCGUGGACGGACGACUGCUCGCCGGAGGAGUGGCGCGACAUUAUGCUGCAGUGCCAGACGGAGGACGCGGAGGGCGAGGACGCGGAUGACGUGGACGCCGCGGACACCUUCGCGGACCAGCUGGAACUGGAUGCCCAGGCAGCGUUCAGCGACGGCCUGAACACGGGCUUCUACAUCAACUCCUACACGACGAAGCAGUGCCCCAGCAUGGAGGGCGUCCUCGUGGAGAUGCGGCGCGGCCUGGAGCGGCUGCAGGCGCAGCGACAGGCGCAGCAGGACAAGAUGAAGCUGGAGCUGCAGCAGCGAGGAGACGACCCCGAGAAGACUCUGUCCGCCGCCGACCGGAGAGCGCUCGGGGGUAAGUCCAAGUUCGGGGAGACGCUGGAUCUGGUGAAGAAUCUGUCCGCAUCGUACCGCCGAUGCUACUGGAAGAGCGGGCCAGAGAUGCUGUUCCCGAUCUUCUACGGCCACCUGACCUACGCGUCCCACCGCUGCUGGACGAUCUUCAUCAAGAAGGGCGUCUUCCUGGCGGCCAAGCAGGACGGGGGCCGCGCCCCGGUGCAUUACCUCGGGCGCGGCGUCGACCCGUACACUCUCGAGGGGUGUUGCGAGGAAAAGGACGACGACGGGCAGGCGGUGCACGUGAGCCCGGAAGGCCAGCGCUUCCCGGAUAUCCUGACGGCCUACGAGCACGAC